UGUCCCUUGGCUUUAGAAGUUUAGCCGCCUAACCGCCAAUCUGAUCCGAUCGAGCGUUGAGGUCUGUUUUCACUCCGUACUUUACGAUUUUCUGCUGUUCGCCUUUACUAACCAGUUGGCUGAUAUGAUGGAAGAGGCUUUUCUAACCCCUAAAAGGGUUAGAAAGUCGAUUAUUCCUGAAGGGAACUCAGGGAGAAGACGCAACUUGUUCAAUGUUGAUGUCGAGGACGAUAUUGUCCCUCUAAGUCCUACUUCAAGUGAACUUAAUGAAUCUCCAAGGACUCCAGGGGUGUUGACUCCAUUGUCGAUAAAGUCAAAUAUACCUGGAAUAACAGAACUUGGAACAGACACGGGUAUCAUCUCUGCUAAAACAUUUUAUGGAGUUGCAGACAAGUCACCAAUACGUGAUGCAAAAUCGCUGUUAGAAAGAGUUAGACAAUCCCUUCCUGAAAGCUAUCAUAAGAUAAAAACAAGACUUAGUUUUGAUGACGAGCCACCCACUCGAAAAAAACGUGCUAGGUCAGCCGGUACAGGCGAGUCGGCUAAGAGGUUAAAGAAAAAACAAAAAUUGCAAUACAUACCGUUCAAGCCUAAAAACAGGAAGAGGCCUCUUCCACCACCACAGCCUAAAACUAAACCGACUAUUAUCGGGAAUAAAAAUGUAAAAUACAACUGGGAACUUUUUGAAACUCCGUCUAGAAAAUUUUUUAAACAAAAACCUAGUACCUUCGAUCUGACGCCACCAGCUUCAAGUAAAAAAUCAAAAAUACCACUACUUAGUGCAGCAGCUUCUGACUUUAUCCAUUCGGACUCGGAAAAUGAAGAAAAUAUGGGAGAAAAAGACUGCACAAAUGGGAAAGUACCGAUUAUGAAAGAGUUCCAGGAAAUAAUGCAGGACAUCGUACAAGAUCAAGAUGAGGACGAAAGCGUCAGAAACGAAGUUAACCAACUUUUACACACUUUAGAAGACUUUGAUGAAAAUUUAAAGGAAAAUGAACAACCUGGACAAGUAACACCACAGAAAUUGUUUCCAAUUUUUGUAACUCCGAAAACACACUUCCCGUGCACCCCUUCUUCAACAUUACCUUCAACACCAAUGACCCCAUUAUCUUCACGGGUUCAUAGAAUGGGCCUUGGAGAUGAUCAGUUACAAUUGGACGUGGGUCAGAAAAAUCUAAGAGAGGUCGAAUGCCCUGAAUGUCAUCUGUUCUACUGCAAAGGCCUGCCUGAAGAUGAAAUCAGGCAUGAAAAAUAUCACAUGAAAGACGGUGCAUUUAAAUUCAAGGGAUGGAAAGAUGAGAGGAUUGUCGGUUUUGAAGGUGCCAAUCGUAUCAUUCAAGUUAAAAAUAGCGAUCCAAAGCACAAAUGGGAGCGAGCUUUAAAAGUAAUGCUCUACGUUGACAAAGAGCUUGGUUUUCCCCCAGAAGCUCGUGAGCCUGAAGAUAUAUUUUUAUAUAUAAAAGAUAAACAGGUGAUCGGUGUUGUGGGUUGCAUGGGAAUAACCGAAGCUUAUAAGGUUUUGGAUGUCGGUAUCAAAGACCCUACAAUCGCCAGCGUCUGUUCUGAAGAAACUUAUCCUGCCUGGUGUGGAAUAUCGAGGAUUUGGGUCAGCCCUGAUGUUAGAGGAAAAGGGGUCGCAACACAACUUCUUGACUCAGUCAGGAGAAAUUAUAUAUACGGCAUUGUUCUAGCAAGGGAUCAGAUUGCAUUUUCAUCACCGACAGUCGAUGGAAAACAAUUUGCAGAGCAUUACUGCCAACGAAAAGACUACCUUGUCUAUGUUUAACUUAUUGUAUUUUUAAAGUAUUUUUCUCUUAAAUAUUACGUGUGUUAUUUUAGUAUAAGUCUCAUGAUUACUUUUAUCAGUUAAUUGUUUCUACUUAUGUCAAUUAAUUUAUUUGCAUCACAUUUUUUAUGACAUUCUAAAUAUUGAAUAAAUGAUUUAGUAUUGAA